AUGCAGAUCCUACUGUUUGCCACCGUUCUCUUCUGCGUCGAGGACUUCGUCCGUGCUGAGGCCAAACCAAAGUGCACGGAGCGCUGCGACGUGAGCACUUGCCCCAGCCCCAGCUGCCCGAUGGGGUACGUUCCAGACCGAUGCAACUGCUGCCUGGUUUGCGCCCAGGGCGAAGGCGAGCCAUGCGGGCGCAAAGACGACCUACCCUGCGGUGAUGGACUCGACUGCAAGCACCCGGCCGGCAAGCGGCUCGCCAAGGGGUUCUGCCAGUGCAAAUUGGGGCAUAAAGUCUGCGGCAGUGAUGGCAAUACCUAUGGGAACGUGUGUCAGCUGAAGGCGCAGAGUAGGAAGGCUCUGCAACAGGGGCUGCCAGCCAUCAACUCGGUCCAGAAGGGACCAUGCGAAAUCAACCAUAACAAAGGUAAGUCAUUUGUGUCUAAAAAGAAACAAACAACAACAACAACAAACAGUUGCAACAUACAAAACAUACAAUUCAACAUUAAUUAAUAGCAGAAAUGUGCACACACACAGUUUGAUGGACUUUAUGCAAAAUGGAUGGUGAAUUGUUUACAUACAGUGCAGUUACAGUGUGCAUCCCAAAUGACACCCCUCUUCCUAUAUUGUGCACUACUUUUUUACGUACUCAAGGCUGAGAUUUGGUUAGGGCCCAUAGGGCUCUGAUCAAAAGUAGUGCACUAUAUAGGAAUAGUAACCGUUUACAGUAAGUAGGCUAGUGGAAUUGCAUGAACAACCCUUAAACCCCUCCUUUGUCAGAAGGGGCAGCCAGCAGACUGUCUGGGUGACUGGAUCAUUAAAGUUAACCCCUAAAGUCAACCCCUACACGUUCUUUAUGUCCCUCAUUGGAAUAGAACAAAUGUUUCCCCUAGACACUGAUCUGAGGCCAGUUUUGUGGUUUUCCCUCCUAAUGGUUUAGGUUAGGAUUGGGGGAGAGAAAGCUGAUCUGUGCCUAGGGGAAUCUCCCAUCACCAUCAUUAUACCCAGACAGACUUCCUAUAGAUUAGUCUCACAUGAUUAAAACUAAUGACCAGCCACUGAAUGAAUGACUUCACUUGUCAGAGUUUAAUGUUUGUUUUCCUGUCUAGCUUUUAUUUGUAUUUCCUGUGUCCAUUUAUAGGCAUUUUCCUGCCCAGGGGUGGCAGUUACCUUGGUUCCUAUUCCAUUCUGAAUGUAUUUAUUUUUAUUUAAAAAAGAAUGUAGCACAAUACAAAUAGUUCCUGAGGGACAUUCUAGAAUCAAAACAUGACCUCAUACCAUCUCCGACCUAAACAGUUCCUUGUGGACGGUGUGCAACACGCUUUACUUCAGGCUACGUCAACAAAGCUGUACUGUGUUUUGUAAUAUAGACAACAGAGCCAUGCCCAUGCAAACUGAGCGGGCUCCAUUGUAACACCGUCUUUUACACCGAAUUAAUCAAACCGUAUUGAAUUUGGCCAUCAAUUCCCUUUUCAAAACAACUAAGUGUAUGACGUCUCUGGUUGACCUAACUCGAAUAAUACAAUACUUUCCUCACUAAUGAGGGAAACAGAGUUGGGUUGUGUCCCUUCAGAGACUUCACAGGAAGCAGGAAGUCCCAUGCAGACACAGAAAGUUAUGGCAUAUCCAAUUUGUCUUGACUUUGAUCAGAGGUCAUUAUUCUGUGACAGGGGCUUAAAAGCAUGUGACUGACUGCAAUUGAAUUGUUCUAAUCUCCAUACAUGGGUUCAACUACUAUUUGAAAUAAUUUCAACUAUGUAAGCUGGGCUUGAUUAAGGUUGCCUGGCGCAAUGGAACCAAUAGAAUAGUCCCAAAACUGCAAACCUUUCCCAUCGGGCACUCCAGGGAGACCAGAGUAAACGUUUAAGUUAUUGGAAAGAUUUUAAAUGGUAUUUGAACCCAUAUCUAAAUGGAGUUUAUAAGAGGGAUAUGGAUGACUGAUGAUGAGCUUUGUAUUCUAAUCUGCUCAUUGGUCCAAAUCAUCCAUGAGCCAAUUAGAAUCAAGGCUUUGUAGAGACCUCACACAGGCAGAUUAUUAUGGAUGGUGGUGUUUUAUCUUAAUCUCCUGACAAAUUGGCCAAUUACUCAAGGUUUCCCUAACUGAUCAUUUCCUUUGGAACACUUUAAAGUGUGGGAUUGUUGAGUUAGGAAUAGGAGAAGAGUAUCACUGUUUACAUGUAGUUUUUAUUCACAGAUCUCCAUUGCCUCUCAUUUCUCAGUCUAUAUCUCACUCAGUCUAAUAUUAUAUCAGCAUGUGAACCCAUUCAACUCACACCGUGUGUGUUUGCCCUCAAGUCAUCCUUGAGUUAUUUCAGAUGGACCAACUACCACGUCAGUCUAAAGCUAAAAUUAUCUCCCCAUUAUCAUUAGGAUGGGCUGGCCUUCAGUCUAAGUACACGUUUAGUAUCUUCAAACUGUUCUUCGUUCCAAACCCACAUUUUCCAAACUUAUCUCAAACCCUUAACUUAGCAUUGCAUCUACAGUAUGCACACAUGCAUGCGUGCACACACACACACUGAAAUGACUGAAAUUACAAUAUAUUCUUCUAUCCCACAGAAAAGCAUGAGGUAGAUGUACAGUAUCAUUAUUGGCCACCACUCAGGAUAAUAGCAGCCUGGUCCCAGAUCUGUUUUACUGUCUUGCCAACUCAUAUGGUUAUUGGCAAGACAGCACAAACAAAUCAGGCUAGAAUAAUAGCUGAGUUGGUUUUUCCACGGUUACUGCCAAGAUUGUGCCAUCCACUGGUUUGGUUUUUCUAAUGCUUGGUUAGCCAACCGUAGAGGACCAAUUUGUAGCCUAGUGCUGAAAUAUGUUCUUCUGAGAUUCCGCUUCACUUGGAUGUUUAAUUCUAGACUCCCUUAGCCAACGGUUUGCCAAUGAUUACGAGGAUGACCAUAGCCAAAAAUUUGAUUUGCAAAUGGUUAGGAGUAUGAGAAUAGUUCUCAAAUCUAGAGUCAGAUGUAGAGCCAGGAGUUUUUCCCUGACCAUGUGACCUGACUAGGAAUAACUCUGGGCCCUUGUUAGUUAUAGGUGUUUUUCAUGAUGAUGACCCCAAGUCAGGAAAAACUCCUGGCCCUGGUAAUACUGCAUGAGAUGAAUAAGAGUAACUGGAAAAUCUGGGUGUUGAUAUUGAGGUCACUAGUACGCCACCGGCUAGUUCCAGGACAGGGUGUGUGUUUGCUGACUGUUUGUACUCUAAACUCAGCUGUGUAGCCUGAUUGUGUAUACGAGCCAAGGCGGUCACACACCGACACACACACACACACACACACACACACACAGAGGAAACCGCAGUCAGCUGAGGAGAACAAACGCCAGCCGGUGGCGUGGCUGCCAUGUACUGGAAAUAACUCGCUGUAAUUAACGUUUGUUUACUGCUGCACCCACCACACACACGCCACCAAGGCUCUUUCGUGGCCCUGAAAGAGUGGAGGCCGGCAAAACCAUCCAGCUGUUUUUAGACCAAAGUACUGAGGUUUCAUUUAGGAAGAGGUGGCAUCACAGAGGAACCUGCACUUGUUGACCUCAGAAAAUAUGUGUUGCUGCUGUUUUGAUACUGUUGAUGUUGUUGUCUAAGAUGUUUUUCUGAUCACAUGACCUAACUAGGGAAAACUCUGGGCCCUUACUCUUACCACUUUUAAGCCUACUGUUUUCUGCACAUUAGGUUGCAGCUAACAGAUAACAGCUAGAAAAUAUGAUGUUUGAGUGGUGAUGGUGUAGAGGAGUGACUGUAUUCUAUUAUUAACAUGAGUAAUUCUUCCUGCUAGUAUAGGUACUUCACACCCCACCAGUCCCAGGUAUAAGUUUAACUUCAUAGCUGACGUGGUGGAGAAGAUCGCUCCGGCUGUGGUCCACAUCGAACUCUUCCUCAGGUACGCUGAGUGUGUUUGUGUAGGCAGACACGUGUGUACAACGGGUGGGUCUAAUCCUGAAUGCUGAUUGGUUAAAACCGCAUUCCAGCUGGUGUCUAUUCCACAAGUUACCACCCGGCUAAAUCUAUGACGUUAAAAUGCCUAUUUACUCUGUUCCAUCUGACUGUGCAAUCCACUGUCUCAUCAGCCCAGCCAGGCAAUUUAUAAACUUGAUCUCCACAAUAAAAAGCAUGUAGACAUUAUCUCACAAUUAUUUUAGACUAACAUUUAGUUUUCAACAGCGGAGAUUAGUAAAAACAUUGCUGUCUGUCUCUUCGGCAUUUGCAACAAUGUUUCAAUAUUCAAAUUCUAUCUCCAACUACAGUGUGUGUUGUGUCAGUAUUAUGUUGAAUAAAGGGUGCAUGAUGGUUGAACCAAAAUUAUCACGUUUAUCAUAUAUAACGUAGUAACUUAGUAGUAACUUCAUCACAACAGUGUAGAUCUUAUGUAAUUUCUCAUCAUAGGCAAUAGCACAUCACACGACACAGUAAACGCUCGUCUUGUCGUUAGAAAGUCUAUAUUUCUAGCUCUAGGUGUACCUCUUUUGACCUUAAUUGACCUCUUGACCCCCAGACACCCUCUGUUCGGCCGGAACGUCCCUCUGUCUAGCGGGUCGGGCUUUGUGAUGUCAGAGACAGGCCUGAUAGUGACCAACGCCCACGUCGUGUCCAGCACCACGCCUGUGUCGGGCCGCCAGCAGCUCAAGGUCCAGAUGCACAGCGGUGACAUCUACGAGGCGACCAUCAAGGACAUCGACAAGAAGUCCGACAUCGCCACCAUCAAAGUCAACUCACUGGUGAGAGAAGUGGAUUAUAUAUUAGUUAUACCACGGUGUUGUUGAACGCUCGAUUAUAUAAGUUAUAAAAAUCUUCAAAUCUUACCCCACGAGGUCCGGACUACUGCUGGUUGUCUGUUCUACCUGAUAAUUAAUUGCACCCACAUGGUGUCACAGGUCUAAAUCAGUCCCUGAUUAGAGGGGAACAAUUAAAAAAACGGAGUGGAACUGGCUUCAAGGUCCAGAGGGGUUUAUUAGAAAUUGCGUAAGAGUCAGACAAAGGACGUGUUGCUUUCUUGCCUCAUGCAUGUUCAAAUCAAAUCAAAUCAAAUUUUAUUGGUCACAUGCGCCGAAUACAACAGGUGCAGACAUUACAGUGAAAUGCUUACUUACAGCCCUUAACCAACAGUGCAUUUAUUUUAAACAAAAAAAGUAAGAAUAAAACAACAACAAAAAAAGUGUUGAGAAAAAAAGAGCAGAAGUAAAAUAAAGUGACAGUAGGGAGGCUAUAUAUACAGGGGGGUACCGUUGCAGAGUCAAUGUGCGGGGGCACCGGCUAGUUGAGGUAGUUGAGGUAAUAUGUACAUGUGGGUAGAGUUAAAGUGACUAUGCAUAAAUACUUAACAGAGUAGCAGCAGCGUAAAAAGGAUGGGGUGGGGGGGCAGUGCAAAUAGUCCGGGUAGCCAUGAUUAGCUGUUCAGGAGUCUUAUGGCUUGGGGGUAGAAGCUGUUGAGAAGUCUUUUGGACCUAGACUUGGCACUCCGGUACCGCUUGCCGUGCGGUAGCAGAGAGAACAGUCUAUGACUAGGGUGGCUGGAGUCUUUGACAAUUUUGAGGGCCUUCCUCUGACACCGCCUGGUAUAGAGGUCCUGGAUGGCAGGAAGCUUUGCCCCAGUGAUGUACUGGGCCGUACGCACUACCCUCUGUAGUGCCUUGCGGUCGGAGGCCAAGCAGUUGCCAUACCAGGCGGUGAUGCAACCAGUCAGGAUGCUCUCGAUGGUGCAGCUUAAUUUUUGAGGAUCUGAGGACCCAUGCCAAAUCUUUUUAGUCUCCUGAGGGGGAAUAGGCUUUGUCGUGCCCUCUUCACGACUGUCUUGGUGUGUUUGGACCAUGAUAGUUCGUUGGUGAUGUGGACACCAAGGAACUUGAAGCUCUCAACCUGUUCCACUACAGCCCCGUCGAUGAGAAUGGGGGCGUGCUCAGUCCUCUUUUUUUUCCUGUAGUCCACAAUCAUCUCCUUUGUCUUGGUCACGUUGAGGGAGAGGUUGUUGUCCUGGCACCACACGGCCAGAUCUCUGACCUCCUCCCUAUAGGCUGUCUCAUCGUUGUCGGUGAUCAGGCCUACCACUGUUGUGUCGUCGGCAAACUUAAUGAUGGUGUUGGAGUCGUGCCUGGCCAUGCAGUCAUGGGUGAACAGAGUGUACAGGAGGGGACUGAGCACGCACCCCUGAGGGGCCCCCGUGUUGAGGAUCAGUGUGGCAGAUGUGUUGUUACCUACCCUUACCACCUGGGGGCGGCCCGUCAGGAAGUCCAGGAUCCAGUUGCAGAGGGAGGUGUUUAGUCCCAGGAUCCUUAGCUUAGUGAUGAGUUUAGAGGGCACUAUGGUGUUGAAUGCUGAGCUGUAGUCAAUGAAUAGCAUUCUCACGUAGGUGUUCCUCUUGUCCAGGUGGGAAAGGGCAGUGUGGAGUGCGAUAGAGAUUGCAUCAUCUGUGGAUCUGUUGGGGCGGUAUGCAAAUUGGAGUGGGUCUAGGGUUUCUGGGAUUAUGCUGUUGAUGUGAGCCAUGACCAGUCUUUCAAAGCACUUCAUGGCUACAGACGUUCUUAUGCAUAGGCCUGUUGUCAAAUAUCUAGACCUAUUGUUCUUUGUGAACAAUAUGUUUGUGGUUAGACACCAAUGUUUGUGGUUAGAGGAAGACUAACACUGUAUCCUAUAGACCUUUGGACUUUUUAUAAUGGAACAGUCCAAAUACUAUGGUGAUUAUAUAUUCAGGUUCACAUUAUAGUUGUAUCCUACAAUAAGAAGUCCUUACUGUUAAAAACGUGGGAAAGGAAGGGGGAAUUCCUGGAUGUUAAUGAGCUGAAUAGAUAUUUGAUGGAUGUAAUGAAUGCCUGAGGUCACAAAUAGUUAUGACUGAUGUCCAAUCCCAUGGAUCAUCAGCUAGAUUCAGCCGCGGGCCAAUUUUAUUUUCUUGAACGGAUGGUCAGAACUUAACAAAUAAUUUGUAGACUGCAAAUUGACCUAAAGAAGCCUAAACGGAUAUAAUAUUUGACUAAAACAUAAUAAUUUCAAACCUUGCUCAUAUUUUGUAUACGGUAACGUGUCUCUCUAUUAUGAGAUGGAAUACUUGGGAACAUAUCUUUCCAAAAUUAAAAUCAGUUGGAGCUGAUUUCCUGGUGUUUUUUUAGAGUCUUUUACAUCCAAUAAUGAAAACUUCAUAUUCAUAAUCUCCAGCACCACCAUAUGUGAAAAGAUUUCUAUGUUUUGUAGUAAAAAAUACAAAGAUAAGUAUUUCCAAUGACAUCAUCAACCAAUUAGUAGGCAAUACCUUCUCACAAUUGGUCAAAAUCACACGAUGCACACCGACGAUGUUAUUGGAAACACUUACAGAGCCUUUAGAAAGUAUUCACACCCCUUUACUUUUUCCACAUUUUGUUGUGUUACAAAGUGGGAUUAAAAUUUAUUUAAUUGUCAUUUGUUGUCAACGAUCUACACAAAACACAAAAAAUUAUGAAAAAUAAAACACUAAUAUAUCUUGAUUACAUAAGUAUUCAACCCCCUGAGUCAAUACAUGUUAGAAUAACCUUUAGCAGCGAUUACAACUGUGAGUCUUUCUGGGUAAGUCUCUAAGAGCUUUCCACACCUGGUUUGUGCAACAUUUUCCCAUUAUUCUUUUCAAAAUUCUUCAAGCUCUGUCAAAUUGGUUGUUGAUCAUUGCUAGUCAACCGUUUUUAGGUCUUGCCAUAGAUUUUCAAGUAGAUUUAAGUCAAAACUACAUUUUCACAUUGUUGAUGUUGGGGUGGUGCUAUACAUGAUGAAUAUGAAGUUGAAAAAUAGUGAAGUUUCCCUUUAAAGAAUUCCUACACAGGUCCCUCUCUCUUUCUCUCUCUCACACCAUCUGUCUCGUGAGCAUAUGUUUUUACUUCUCUCUCUUCUCUCCGUCCCUCUCUUAACCCUUCCUCCUUUCCCUUUCCAUCUCCACCCUUUCACCCUCUCUCUCUUGCUCUCUCUGUCUCCUCCUCUCGCCCCCUCUUUCUCCCUCUCCCAACACCCUCACUCUCUCUAUCCCUCCCUUGCCCUUCCUCUCCCACCUUCUCUCCUAAUCGCCCCCUUCUCUCCCACCUUCUCUUUUCCAUCACCCCCUGCCUCUCCCACCUGUCUUUCCAUCACCCCCUCUCCCACUUCUCUCUCCAUCACCCCUCCUACCCACCCUCUCUCCCCCAUCACCCUUCCUCCCCCCAUCGCCCCCUCCCCCCCUUCUCUCCACCCCAUCGCCCCUCCUCUCCCACCUUCUCUCUUCCAUCACCCCCUUCCUCCCACCUUCUCUCUCCAUCACCCCUUCCUCUCCACCCUCCCUUCAUGCCUCGCCCCCCUUCCUCCCCCCCUUCCCAACCUUCUCUCUCCAUCACCCCUUUCCUCUCACACCUUCUCUCUCUCCAUCACCCCUUCCUCUCCCACCUUCUCUCCCUCCAUCACCCCUUUCCUCUCCCACCUUCUCUCCCUCCAUCACCCCCUUCCUCUUCCACCUUCUCUCUCUCCAUCACCUCCUUCCUCUCCCACCUUCUCUCUCUCCAUCGCCCCUUCCUCUCUCUCUCUCCCUUUAGAAAAAGCUCUCGGUGCUGUUGCUAGGCCACUCUGCCGACCUUCGACCUGGUGAGUUUGUGGUUGCCAUUGGCAGUCCCUUUGCGCUCCAGAACACAGUUACCACGGGGAUCGUGAGCACGGCCCAGAGGGACGGCAAAGAGCUGGGCAUAAGAGACUCUGACAUGGGCUAUGUACAGACGGACGCCAUCAUCAAUGUGAGACAUUCAAUUCAACUUUAUCUAAACUUUAUUUAAAGAGUAAUUAUAGCACACUCCACUUAUAACCAACUCAUAGGCUGUCUAGUUGUCUGUGUUGACAUUUUAAAGAGGACAUUCAUGAUCAUAGAGAUCAUACACACAGAGACACAUCCCAUUGGUUGAUUCAAUAAUCAACUGAUUCAUUGUUUCCAUCUUUUCUCAGUAUGGAAAUUCAGGUGGACCUCUCGUUAACUUGGUAAGUGUUACGUCAGCACCCAUAACAUUAGUCACAACCUUCACUGUGAUAAUCGUGAGUAGAAGCUGUUGCCAUAGAAAUAUAAUACGCUAGUAACAAAACAUUCCCUGACCAAGAUGGCUGAUCUUUUGAGUCACGUUGCCAGGAUGCCAAUACCCAUUGUAGUGUUCUAUUUAAUUAUAUGGAGCCAGCCCAGUCCUGACCCCUAAUAACCCUGUAUAGGAUACCACCACGAUGGAGGGGUGAUCGGUAUCAGUAGCAAUCCAGUUCCUAUUCAUAACACAAUGUUACAUUGCCUGUCUGACUGCCACCAGGAUGGCGAGGUGAUCGGCAUCAACACUCUCAAGGUGGCUGCUGGGAUUUCCUUCGCCAUCCCCUCUGAUAGGAUCACACGCUUCCUCAACGAAUCAAUGGACAAGCAGAGCAAAGGUAGGCCCUCCCCUCCCCUUUCUUAACGAAUCAAUGGACAAGCAGAGCAAAGGUAGGCCCACCCCUCCCCUUCCUUAACAAAUCAUUGGACAAGCAGAGCAAGGUCCGUCAUCAUACAUACAGGUGGAAAGACAGACAGACAGACAGACGUCAUGAAUUAUCACAUUUUAACAGAAAAAGGAAGAAGAAUAAAACAGAUGAGUAUAAAUGACAGUUUGACUUUUUUUAUUUUACAGAAGUCAGAUCACUGAAGAAACGGUUUAUUGGAAUAAGGAUGCUCACCAUCACCUCAGCGUAAGUCUUUGUAAUACGUAAUCAUAAUAUUAAAAUGUGUGUUAAACUAUAUUUACAUCUCCAUAGCUUACAAUACAUAUAAAAAUGUUACUAUUUCCAAAACUAACUUUACUGUGUGUCUGUCUGUCCCGUCUAGCCUGGUUGAGGAGCUGAAGCAGCAGAACCCAGACUUCCCUGAUGUCACUAGUGGGAUCUACGUCCAUGAAGUGGUGCCUCACUCUCCUGCACAGAAGUAGGUGUCCUACACUGCUAUACCAUAACCACUGAUUGGCUUAAAAGAGAUGGUUACAUUUUAUAAUCACUUUCAUGAAUAAGACACUAUAAAUUAACAUAAUUAUUAAUAUUUAAAAACAAAAUGCUUUGCAAUACCCACAGAGGUGGCCGCAGAGAUGGCGACAUGUCAAAAUAUAUAUAUAUUUUUAAAUCCCUUUUCUCCACACAGAGGUGGAAUCAGAGACGGCGACAUCAUCGUGAAGCUGAAUGGCCGUCCGCUGCUGACCACUGCUGACCUACAGGGGGCGCUCACAGAGGAGACGACUCUGCUGCUGGAGGUCAGGAGGGGCAACGACGACCUGCUCUUCAACAUCCAGCCUGACGUCAUUAUGCAGUAA